GGCGCCUCCAUGUUAGGACGAAAGGGAGCCUUUUGGUACUGGUGAGCUGGAAGCCGCUUCUCUAGCGCUUGACCACAUUUAACCUUGAUUUUGGGAUCGUCCUCACAACUCUCUCGGGGUUAAACUGAGAAGUCAGCCUGUCAUGACCACGUGAUUAGUUAUCUUGAAAAAUAAAGCUUUAUUACAUUUAGAUUUCUGAGGUUCGUGGUCGGGGGUGGGGUGGGGAAGGAAGCAGUUAUUUAGUCGCUCCCUCAAAUCACGUGAGAGCGGCCUCUCGCGGGCGCUUCCGCCCAGACACUACGUGACUGACUCCCAGCACGCCCUCAGGCAGCUCAAGCCACCUCAGCCAACAUGGAGGCUCCCGCCGGGCGCUUCCAAGAUGGUCGCCGUCGCGUCUCUCGCCCGUCCUCCUCCGGUAGCCCCUCCCCUACUGCUGCCCCGGAACCGGAAACGCUCAGGGUACGGAGCCGCUGCUUGGAGACGGCGGGAGCACUUUCAGUAUGGCGGCCGGGCCCAUCUCCGAACGGAAUCAGGAUGCCACCGUGUACGUGGGGGGCCUGGACGAGAAAGUCAGUGAACCUCUGCUAUGGGAACUCUUUCUUCAGGCUGGACCCGUGGUCAACACCCAUAUGCCCAAAGACAGGGUCACGGGCCAGCACCAAGGCUACGGAUUUGUGGAAUUCCUGAGUGAGGAGGAUGCUGACUAUGCCAUUAAGAUCAUGAAUAUGAUCAAGCUGUAUGGGAAGCCAAUACGAGUGAACAAAGCAUCAGCUCACAACAAGAACUUAGAUGUGGGGGCCAACAUUUUCAUAGGGAACCUAGAUCCUGAGAUUGAUGAGAAGCUGCUCUAUGAUACCUUCAGCGCCUUUGGGGUUAUCUUGCAGACUCCCAAAAUAAUGCGGGACCCUGACACAGGCAACUCCAAGGGCUAUGCCUUUAUUAAUUUUGCAUCAUUUGAUGCUUCUGAUGCAGCAAUUGAGGCCAUGAAUGGGCAAUACCUAUGUAAUCGACCUAUCACAGUAUCUUAUGCCUUCAAAAAGGACUCUAAGGGUGAACGCCAUGGCUCUGCAGCUGAGCGACUUCUGGCAGCACAGAACCCGUUGUCUCAGGCAGAUCGGCCUCAUCAGCUAUUUGCUGAUGCACCACCCCCACCCUCUGCCCCUAAUCCUGUCGUGUCUUCUCUGGGUUCUGGGCUUCCUCCACCAGGUAUGCCCCCACCAGGCUCAUUCCCACCUCCAGUGCCACCUCCUGGAGCCCUUCCUCCAGGAAUACCCCCAGCAAUGCCUCCCCCACCUAUGCCUCCUGGAGCUGGAGCCCAUGGCCCACCAUCAGCAGGAACCCCUGGGGCUGGACAUCCUGGACAUGGACACUCACAUCCCCAUCCAUUCCCACCAGGUGGGAUGCCUCAUCCCGGUAUGUCUCAGAUGCAGCUCGCCCACCAUGGCCCCCAUGGCUUGGGACACCCCCAUGCAGGGCCCCCAGGCUCAGGGGGACAACCUCCUCCUCGACCACCACCAGGAAUGCCUCAUCCUGGCCCUCCUCCUAUGGGAAUGCCGCCCCGAGGACCACCUUUUGGAUCUCCCAUGGGUCACCCAGGCCCCAUGCCCCCCCAUGGGAUGCGAGGACCUCCUCCGUUAAUGCCCCCCCAUGGAUACAGCGGUCCCCCUCGACCUCCACCCUAUGGCUAUCAGAGAGGACCUCUUCCUCCACCUCGACCUUCUCCACGACCCCCAGUACCUCCCCGUGGUCCACUUCGGGGUCCUCUUCCUCAGUAGGGCCAAAUUUCUCUAUAAUCUACCGCACUCCUCUGAGACUCUCCCUGUCUUCUGGACCAAUCAGAGGAACUGUUGCCCCUUGGGCCUGAGCCACCCCUUUCUUCCUCAAUUUUGCCCUUUUUUCCAGUGUGAUUCCUCCUCCCUCCCCCCACUGGACUUUUUUCUAUGUUGGGCUCCACUUCUUUCCCAAAUUCUGACAGUGAAUAAAGCUGGAUCCUUUGUUUA